CUUCAAUCCACUCCUACCUCCUACCCCUCCCUGUAACUUCAAUGGCAAACCCCUCCAUGAAUAACUUCUUCAGCCAGAGCCAACCUUCUGCCUCCAAACCCACCGAGCAUGCAGCAGCUUCGUCCACCAACUCAUCUCCGCGACGUUUUCCUUGCCCCUACUGUACCCGGGGGUUUGCCACCGCUAAAGCUCGUGCCGGCCAUCAGAAAGCUCACAAGCACGAGCGAGCCGCUGCUGCUGGGCCAAACUUUCCAGCCAAAAACCUGCAGGAAUACCCCCUACUUCCUCUGUUCCCCACUUGUCCACGGCAGCCGCCGCAGCCACCGCCGCACCAGCAGCACCAGGACCAGAACCUAGCUUCCAGCUCGGUCCCUCAGAGUUUUCUGGGCGUUUCGACUGCUGAUGCUCUCUCCACUAACACUGACGAGGAUGAUUCUGCCAAUAUGGACCUCACCCUCGGCCUGUGAAGGACUUUAGACUGAAUGGUGAUGAAGGUAAUACAUAAAUAAAUGCUGGUUUUAUUAAAAAAUGAGUUUUUAAGUUUGAUGAUGAGACUUGGUUGGCAUUAUUUCCUUAAUUCUUGUUCUGCCCAGCAUGGUCUGCUUUUAUGUUUGAUUAAUGUGCGUGUGCGUAAUGUUUUAUGUGUAGGAGUACGUAGUAUACUCCAUUAAAUAAAGAAUAUCUUGUUGU